AUGGGAAGACAACCUUGUUGUGAUAAGGUUGGUUUGAAGAGAGGUCCCUGGACUAUUGAAGAGGAUCACAAGCUCAUGAACUUUAUUCUCAACAAUGGCAUCCAUUGCUGGAGAACGGUUCCUAAAUUAGCAGGUCUUCUGAGAUGUGGAAAGAGUUGCAGACUCAGAUGGAUUAAUUAUCUGAGGCCAGACCUCAAGAGAGGUGGCUUCACAGAAAUGGAAGAGGAUCAAAUAAUAGAACUACAUUCACUUCUUGGUAACAGAUGGUCUAAGAUUGCUUCACAUUUUCCUGGGAGGACAGACAAUGAAAUCAAGAACCAUUGGAACACAAGAAUCAAGAAAAGGCUCAAACUUCUUGGUUUGGACCCUGUGACACACAGGCCAACCGAGUCAAAGAAAAAUACCGAUGAGGGCAAAAAUAAUACCAAUUAUCCACAGGCUUCUAUUUCCGGAGGGUCUGAAGAAAAUGUGGGGAGUGAUGGCCCCAAAGAAAUUACAAAAACAGAAGGGGAAAGAGAAGAAAACAAGAUGACAUGGGAUGAAACCUCUGAACUUUUAAACAAUUUUGAAAUCCUAUGCUCACAGUUGGACUUGGGAUCAUGGAUGAGUCAAGAAAUCAAUACUAGUAGUACUAAUUCUUUAUGCAGUUCAUCUGUUUCUAUGGAUAACAAUAGUCACCUUUCUAUGGAUGAAUCCUCUUGCAUACAGGAAAACUCGUUACAGAAAUGGGUUGAUAGUAUGGAUUCCAUUCUCUCAUGGGAUGGUUUCAACCCUCUUGAUCAAGAGAUUUUCCUCUCGGAAAAUAGGGAAUAA